AUGCCCUCAGAAUCAGGCCACCGUCGUAAGGGUCGUCAUCUAAGCUACCAGCGAGGAAAGCGUAACACAAAUCCAGGCACGAGUCUGAUACAAAUUGAAGGUGUCACGAAUACCCAAGCCGCAAACUUUUACCUUGGAAAAAAAGUCGCUUUCGUCUACCGGGCUCAAAAAGAAAUUCGUGGAUCUAAAAUUAGGGUAAUCUGGGGCAAAGUUACUCGGCCACACGGAAACUCGGGUGUAGUACGGGCACAAUUCAGACGCAAUCUACCUCCUAAGUCAUUUGGCGCAUCCGUGAGGGUCAUGCUUUAUCCUUCGUCUAUAUAA